AUGCAUUACUUGAAAUCCGUCCUCCCAUUUAUCCUAGUAGCCACGACUCUGGCCUCUGCGGACACAACUACAUCAGCAGAUAGUAAGAUGAGUACUACAUGUGCCUCAGAAGACGUCCUACAGCAAUGUAUCCAAUCAAUGCAAUCUCACCUGGAGAACUGUGCACCGGACGACUGGAACUGCCAGUGUACUAGUAGCAAGGAUAUGGUGUACUGCUAUAACAACUGCCCAGAUGGCUCGUCUAAAAAGGAUGCCGAGUCUAUCCGCCAACAAUACUGCGCUAAUGCCAAAGCAUACGCGCCGACAUCAACAGCCGCAUUAGCUAUAAGCUCUAGCUUGAGCUCUUCAUCGACCGUCUCAACUACUACUAGAGCUGCAACUAUGAGUACUGAUAUUGAUGACGGAACGGAUAUCUCCGACUCUGAGGCCGAGAAUGAUUCCGAGGAACAUCCGACAAAGUUGUAUAGUGGGUUGGAGGCUAACGCCAUCCUCCGUCCGGAACAGGGAACUGCUUCUGGUUUAAGGAUACGGGGUUGGUUGGGUUUGGGGCUUGCACUAGGGGCUCUUUUGAGUUCUGGUGUCUUUUGA